CCUGAGGUUUAUUGGCUAUGGAGAAUAAAUAUCGAACUCGCCCACUCUGCCUCCUUUUCCUCUCUUCUCUCUCUCUUCCCUCCCUCCAGCCCGUUUCAUCUUGAGCAUCAUCCCCGGUCUUGACCGAGUACAUUCUUUCUCUUAUAUCCCUCAGUCACUCUUUUACUGUUGCGAUCGACUCUUCAGAAACCACAAGCCAAUCCCAGUCCUACCCACUCCAAUCCAAUCAAUCAACAUGCGUUUCUCUCUCGCCACCGCUGCCCUGGCCACCAUGGCCGUCGGUGUCGUCGCCGCCGAAGAACCCGUGCAGACCGUCAUCGUCACCGAGACCGCGACCUUCUGCCCCAAGGUGUCGACUCUGCCGGCUGAGACCACCGUUACUCAGCCCGCCCCGGCGUCCGCCACCAACGUUCGCUACAGCACCACGCGUCCUCUGAUCACCUCGACCGUCACCCGCUGCAACAAGUGCGCCUCCAAGACCAAGUCCCCCGUCGUCUCCGUCCCCAGCAACGUCAACCCCGUCCCCGGCGUUCCCUCCAACGCCCCCAGCAGCAGCGGCGGCUCCGUGGUCAUCCCCUCCAGCAGCGCCGCUCCCUCCGUCCCGCUGAUCCCCAGCGCUCCCGCUCCCUCCGGCGUCGCUCCCUCCGGCCCCGCCCCCUCGGGCGUCCUGCCCUCCGGCUCCGCCACGACCCCCGCCGCUCCCAUCUUCACCGGCGGUGCCUCGCGCGCUGCUGCCGGUGCCGGGGCCGGUCUCGCCACCGUCUUCGGUCUGGUCGCUUACUUGCUGUAGAUAGAUCUCUUUCUGUCUAUGGAUGAUUGGGUUUAGGGGUUGAUUGAUUGGUGGUGGUUCUUUUUUCUUCUUCUCUUCGUCUUCGUCUUGAUAUGAUAUCCGUUCAAUCUAUUGCCGUUAUACCCCUUUCGCUCUCUCGCUCUCACUCUCAAUCUCUCGACUCGGUGAUCGUGUCUAUGUAGGUAGGGAGCCUGGUCUAACAUAACUGUUGGACAGGCUACCCCCCUACUUCGGUAGACCGGUACGAUAUCCAAUUCCAGCUGGGAGGUAUGGUAUAUCCGAUUGAACCGAUAUCAUUUAUCAUGACUAUUCUUAUCUCUUGGUGAUACGACCGAUACCAUACAUACUUUUUUUUUUUAUUUACUUGUUUCCUUCGGAUCCAGAUCACGCCCUACGCUGUUUUGUCUUUUGUCGUCGAACCAAGUCGGAUUGUUCAUAUCUUCUCCUGGCCUCCGGUUAUCUCUAUACAUAUUUAUUUU